AUGUGGAAUCGACCCAUCGAAGUUUAUGUAUCUUCUGAUGAGUCGUAAGCGCAAGUCCAAAUUUUCAACGAACAACACUUAGGGUUGUGUUGUCCUGCGAAAUCUUUAAAGUUUUAAAGAAGCCGAGAAUUUCUCCGAGCGCUAUAACACGAUGGUCUUCUGCAGACGAUAGCGUUUCUUUUGAUCAGGUAUGCUGUUUUCUCUUAUAAUUCUAUUCUUACCGACGCACCAUAGUCUGGCGCUUACACAUUAGUCUACAAGUCCAACGACAAGAGACACUUUCGUAAGUACCGGCCGGCAAAGUAGGCGAAUUAGUAAUUUAGAAGUUGCCAAGGCGGAGGAUUUUGCGGAGAUUAGUCAAUGUAUGAAGGAGAUCAGAGACAGUGUUCUACCUGCCCUAAAACGCAUCCAUCUAACCGCUAGAGACGCUUUUCUUCUGACUACCUUCUCGAAUCGAGCGGAUAUGGAGUUUAGCAAAAGUCAAAGUAACUUUCUGAAAUUUCCUCUUGAUAAUCUCUGCAUAGUUUCGACAGGCAUGCAAUCCCCAAUUUUUUUUCGUUACUUCAAUUUCCCUCCCGAGGAGCGCCUAAUCAGCCGUAAGUUCUGCGCCAUUGUUAUUAAGCAAAUCUGUCUGUUUGCUUUAGAGUGCUCCUGUGCGUACAUCCAAGGCAAACUACCGAUUCGCGGGACCCUAUUUAUCAGUAUCAACUUUUUGUCCUUCUUGCCGGCCGUUUACAACAACGAGGCUCAGUUGUCGCUCCCAUGGAUAAAGAUUAUCGUAACUUUGUCAUGCUUUCUUCUUACGAUCACUUUUUUGCAGUCUGUUGAGAGGAAGCUCACGGCCGCACUCGGCGGAUAUGUUUUGCUGCGGAUGCUUGACCAAAAAGUAUGUCAGAGAUUUUCUCUCCCCUUUGUUUCUUUUCUACAAGAAACCUUUUCUGUCAAGACCUUUUGAAAAUAGACUAAAUCGCUCUAGUUUUCCAAACUUAACCAGUGAUGACCUCGCAAACAACUUGGCUACUAGGAAGAUGUUCCUAGGUAUGAUGAAAACUAAAAGCGAUCAUUUUGUACAUAAAAUCCAGUUCAUUGUACAUUUUACAUUGCACUCUCCCUCACAGUAUCGAUUCACGAUCUCUAACCAUGUGGAGGAAACUACUUCUAUCAUUCAGAAACUUGCUGACCUGGGUGUUCGAAGGUAA